AUGAUGAAACAACCAGAUGAAAAUAUUUCAACAACACAUUCUGAUCAUAUGAUAUGUAAUGGUCAUCAAGAUGAUUUAAUAAAAACUCGUCAAGAUUCUGAUAAUGAUGAUUCAGCAACAAAUACAAGUUCAACAUCAUCAAUUAAUGAUGUUUUAUAUACUAAUUGUCCUAAUAUAUCAUCAUCAUCAAAUUUAAAUACAAGUGGAAUAAUAACAACAACAACAACAACAAAUCCAAAUGAAAUUGUUCUUUCACCUGAAGUUUCAUUUAAUAUUAAAAUACAAUCACCUGGUUUAGAUAUAUUUGAUUUAUUGGUAACAUCAAGUGAACUUGUACAAGAAAUUCAUCAAGUUUUAAUGGAUAAAGAAGAAACAUGUCAUCGUACUUGUUUUUCAUUACAACUUGAUGGAAUUAUUUUAGAUAAUUUUUCAGAAUUAAAAAAUAUUGAUGGUUUAAAAGAAGGAAGUCUAUUAAAAGUUGUUGAAGAACACUAUACUGUACGUGAAGUACGUAUUCAUAUACGACAUAUAAAUGAAUUAAUACAUGCAUGUGAUUUAAAUGAUUUAUAUAAUGGUACAAAUAAUUAUUCAUUAUGUCUUGUGAAUGAUAUUAAUACUAGUGAAACAUCUUCAUUAUUGAAUAUUGAUCGAAGAAAAGGUAGUGAAACUAAUGGAAAUGAUUCUAUUGUACCGGAAUAUCUUUUACCUAAUCAAAAAGAUAUUCUACUUACACCACUUUUUACGACAAAUAAUAAAAUUAAUCGAUUACAAUGUAUAAAAAUGUUAUCCUAUAGUGGUUGGAAUCCACCAAAUGGAUCAAGAAAAUUACAUGGUGAUCUUAUGUAUUUAAAAGUAACAACAUAUGAAGAAAAAUCAUUUCAUAUAACAGCAUGUACAAAAGGUUUUUAUGUUAGUCAAACAACAGAUGAAAAAUUUCUUCCAAAACCGGUGCAACCUAAAGCUAUAUUUCAUUCACUUGUUGAUCUAUUAAAUAAUAUAAGUCCAAUUUUUAAAAAAAAAUUUCGUGCUAUACAACGUAAACGUUGUUCAAAACAUCCAUUUGAACGUAUACAAAUUCCAUUUCAAAUUCAUCCAUGGUUAUCACCACGUUUUGAACAUACUAUAGAUCAUUUUCGAGCUGAAGAUGCAAAUAUAAAUAAACUUGGUCAUGAAGAUCAUAUACCUGGUCAAGUACGUGAUUGGAAUGAAGAAUUACAAAUAACAAAAGAAUUACCAAAGAAAAAUUUACCUGAAAGACUUAUACGUGAACGUGCGAUGUUCAAAGUUCAUACUGAUUUUAUUUCAGCUGCUAUUCGUGGUUGUCAAGCCGUUGUUGAUGGUAAUAUAAUGGCAAUUAAUCCUGGUGAAGAAUCAAAAGUUCAUAUGUAUAUAUGGAAUAAUAUGUUCUUCAGUCUUGGUUUUGAUGUAAAAGAUCAUUAUAAAGAUUUUGGUGGUGAUGCUGCUGCACAUUCAGCACCAGCAAAUGAUUUACAAGGUGUUCGUGCUAUAAAUACACUCGAUUUAGAUGGCUUACAUACAUUAGGUACUGUUGUUGUUGAUUAUCGUGGUAUGCGUGUUACUGCCCAAUCGAUUGUUCCCGGUAGAAAAUAUUCUCUUACUGAUGAACAUCGUAUAUUUACUUCAUUACUUAUUGAAUUACCACAUAUUGAACGUUUAAUACGUAUGAAACAAGUAAAUUUAACUUUAAUACAAAAUCGUUUAAAUAAAGUUGAAAAAUAUUUAACAAAAUAUACAUGGCAUUUAAAUCGUUUAAUUAAAACAAUUGAUUAUAAUAAACAAGAAGAAAAGAAAAAAAUUUUUCGUUUUAAUUCAUUUGAUUUAGAUUUAGAAAAAAAUAUUCAUAAAAAUUAUACGAAAUUUCUUGUCUGUUUUCAUUUAAUUAAAAGUUUAAAUGAUGAUAUUGAUUAUCAAAUUUUAAAUGAAUUUCAUUUAAAAAUUUCGACAAUUAAUAGUCCUUAUAUAACAUUAAAUAAAAGUGAAGCUUAUUUAAAUGUUAUUUAUUUACCAAUACGAUCAUAUCAACGAAAUAUAUGUUAUAAAGAUUUAAUUAGUGAAAACUAUUUUGUUUUAUAUGAAUUUUUAAAUCCUAUCGAUGAAGAUAUUGAUGAAAAAUGUUUUCAUGGAAAUUUUCUUCCUGUAAAAUUUUUUACUCAAUUUAAUACAAAUCAAACAUACGUUAAUAAUGAUCAUUGGCGUUUGAAUGAUGAACAAAAACCAUCAAUUGGGAUUAUUUAUUUAAAUACAACUUCUACUAUUGCUACACGUGAAUAUGAUCGAUUACAAAACGAAUAUGAAAUAAUCAUUGAAUGUUCUCAUCGAUCUUGUUAUCAAACAAUUUUCAAUAAAAAUAUUUCUAUUAUAUCUCUUAUAUGUUCUUCUAUAUAUUCUAUUUCAAUACAAUAUGAAUUCUAUGAAAUAUUUUUUUAUUUACUUUCACAACAAAUUCAUAUAAAUCUUUUUAAUUGUGAAAAUUAUCUUCCAUAUUCAAAUGUAAUUGAUUGGUUACAUCCAUCAUCAUCUUUAUCAUGGUUAUAUACAAUUUAUUUUCAAACAUUUCAACAUCGUUUUCAUACAUUAAUUGCUUAUUUACGUACAUAUUAUCGUUUACCAACAUUAUCAAAUGAAUUAAAAUUUAUUGAAAUAAAAAAUCAAUUAAUAAAAGAAAAAAAUUUCUAUUAUUUAAUUCAUUCACGAAAUAUUAAUUUUACUAAAAUGCCAAUUGGUUUAAUGGAUAAAAUUAAUUUUCAAUCAAACAAAAACAAAUAUUCAAUAUAUAAUGAACCAACAUUUUAUGAUCAAUGGAAUCGUUUAUAUCAACCAUUUUAUCGUUCAAAAAUAUUAACUAAUCCAUUUGAAAUAUCAUCUUUCGAAGAAAAAUAUACUAUUAUUAUUUUAACACAUAAAAAACGUUUUUAUCAAUUAAAUCGUUUAUUAUUACAUUUAAAUGGUUUAAUAAAUCUUGAUCGUAUUAUUGUUUUAUUUAAUCAAGUUGAUUCUAUAGAAAAUUUUCAAAAUAAAAAUUUUUCAUUACAAAAUUUUCUUGAUAAUUAUUCAAUUUAUUUACCAUCAAUACAUGUUGAAAUAAUUUAUAUAUUUAAUUUAUCAAAUAAUUUAAAUAAUCGUUUUUUACCAUGGAAUGAAUUUAUUUAUACAGAUUGUAUAUUAUCAUUAGAUGAUGAUAGUUUUUUACGACAUGAUGAAAUUGAAUAUGCAUUUCGUAUAUGGAAAGAAAAUCGUUCACGUCUUAUUGGUUUUAUUUCACGUUCACAUAAAUCUGAUACAUUAGAAUAUGAUACAUCAUCAUCAUCAUGUACAUAUUCAAUGAUAUUAACUGGUGCUGCUUUUUUACAUCGUUGGUAUUUAGAUUUUUAUACAAAUAUAAUGUCUAAGCAAAUACGUCAAUAUGUUGAAUUACAUAUGAAUUGUGAAGAUAUAGCUAUGAAUUUUUUAAUAAGUUAUUUAUCAAAACAAACACCUAUUAAAAUUGGACAUCGAGAAACAUUUUAUUGUUAUAAAUGUCAAGAAAGUUUAUCAAGUAAAAUUAAUCAUUAUAAUCAAAGAACUGAAUGUAUAAAAUAUUUUUCUAAUAUAUAUCGUUUAAUACCAUUAUAUUAUUCAAUUUAUCGUAUUGAUAAUUUAUUAAAUAUAACAUCUUGUAUUCUUGAAAAAGAACAAGAACAAAGUGUUGUUUAUGGUUCAACAGAUUUUGGUAAAACUUGUACAACAAAUGAAAAAUAUAAAGAAUUAUUAGAUAAAGUUUCGACUAUGCUUAAAAUUAAACCACAUACAAUUAAAACAGAAAAAGGAGAUUCUAUAGAAUUAUUAACAGCUGUCGAAUGUAAAGGUAUUGUUGGUAAUGAUGGAAGACAUUAUUUAUUAGAUUUAUUACGUAUGACACCAUCUGAUCUUAAUUAUUUACCAGUUGAUAUUGAACAUUUAUCACCAUCUAUGAAACAACUUGAUUAUCCAAAAACAUAUAAACAUCGUUUAUGUUGUUUAAGACAAGAAUUAAUCGAUGCUUUUGUGGAACAAAAAUAUGUUGAUUUUUAUCGUUCAAUUGCACUUAAUUUAUCAAAAUUACGAUCUAAUGAAUCAACAUCAAAUGAAACUACUGAACGAACAAAUGUCGAAGAAGCUAAACGUAUAGUCAAUGAAAUUAGUGUUGAAGAUAAUAGUCGAGAAAUCAUUCAAUCAGCAUGUCGUUCAAUUGGAUCAGUUAAAGAUAAUGAAUUUGAUGUUCGUUUUAAUCCUGAUUUAUUUCAACCAUAUGUAACACUUAAUCAAACGCCUGAUGAAACAGCAGCUGAUAUAAAAUUACUUAAAGAAGCAGCUGAAUAUUUAGUAUUAAAACAAAUUCCAUUAAUGAUACAAGAUUUUCAAGAUCAUUCAGCUGUACCUGUCGAUGGUGAAAGUCUUUCAGAAGCUAUGCAUUCAAGAGGUAUUAAUAUUCGUUAUCUUGGUCGAGUAGCUCAUCUUCUUACUCAACAAUCUUCUCUAACAUAUAUCUAUGAAAUAGUUAUAACUGAAAUUCUUUGUCGAAGUGCAAAACAUGUAUUUCGUACAUAUUUACAAUCAGUACCAAUUCAUCUUUUAUCAUAUUCAAUAAGUCAUUUUCUUAAUUGUUUUCUAACAAUUAUAUUAUUACCAACAACAGAUUAUACAUUCGAUGAAUUAGCAUCAUUAACUACUCAAUCAACAAAUAAUACAUCAAAUGUAUCAUUAUCAAAUUCAACAAAUAUUUCAUCUCAAAAAACAAAUACUAAAAAGAAAAAUAAAAAACAACAGCAACGUAAACAUAGUCCAACGAUGAGAAAUGAAUCAUUAGAAUUUUCAUUGUUAACUUCAAAAAUACUUUGGUCACAAAUAAAUAAUGAAGCAAAAUCAAGAUAUAAUUUUGAUUUAAGUUGUGAUGAUAUUGAAUCAUUUGUUGAAAAUUAUGCUAUUCGUCGUACAUGUAUUUUACGUUCAUUUUGUCGAAAAACUGGUUUACAAAUAACUAUGCGUGAAUAUCAAUUUGAAUCAAUAAAUAAAUCAUCUCGUUCUAAUAAUAAUAAUGAAUGUUUUAAUGAAAAUGAUAUAAUUAAUAUAUUUCCAAUAAUUAAACAUAUUCCACCAAAACCAAGUGAUGCAUAUCAAUUUUUUACAAGUGGACAACAAAAAAUUCAACAAGGUUUACUUCGUGAAGGUUUUGAAUUAAUAUCUGAAGCACAUAAUUUAUUAAAUAAUGUUUAUGGACCAAUGCAUCCUGAAAUUAGUAUGUGUUUGAGAUUACUUGCAAGAUUAAAUUAUAUUAUGGGAGAUUAUCAAGAAGCACUUAUAACACAACAUAAAGCUGUUAUGAUGUCUGAACGAGUUUUAGGUAUUGAUCAUCCACAAACAGCAACAGAAUAUAUUCAUAUGGCUUUAUAUUCAUUUGCAAAUGGUCUUUCAAUAAAUGCAUCAAAAUUACUUUGUCGUGCUCGAUAUAUUAUAUUAACAUGUUGUGGUGAAAAUCAUCCGCAAAUUAGUCUUAUUGAUAGUAAUCUUGGAUUAAUUUUACAAUCAUAUGGUGAUUAUGAAAAUGCACUUAAAUUUAUGGAAAAAUCACUUGAAUUAAAUAAAACUUUCUAUGGAACAAAGAGUCUUAAAGUAGCUCUAUCUCAUCAUCUUUGUGCACGUAUUCAAUCAUGUCGUGGAGAUUUUCGAUCAGCAUUAAAUAGUGAACGUGAAGCUUAUCAAAUAUAUAAAUUACAACUUGGUGAUGAACAUGAAAGAACACGUGAAAGUGCUCAAGUACUUAAACAUUUAACUGAACAAGCCGUUGUUUUACAAAAACGAAUCAAUGAUGUUGUUAAAGGUCAAUUACUUGUUAUACCGAGUUUAACUAUUCAACAACCAAGUUUUCAAAAUGUCUUAGAAAUGCUUAAUGUUGUUAAUGGUAUUCUAUUUAUUCAAAUACGAGAAAAAGAUCUUGAUUUACUUCGUGAAGAACUUGCUAAACAAUCAAUUGAUGAUCAACAAUCAUCAACAACAACAUCUUCAGUGACUACUAUAUCAGAGGCAGCUAAUCAAGCAGCAGCAUUAUUAAAUAAUGAAAUUGAUUAA